AUGUCGUCCCUAACGGCGCGGGACUCGAGUCCGCAUGCGACGUUCAAGUUCCCCGCCUUUGAGCCUGAUCUCCUACCUAUGCCCGAGGAAGAUGAUUACGGACUCAGUUCGUCGCGAGCUGGCAGCCCCAAUCACGCAGCCCAAGGAAACGGCAGCGCAAUACCCGCAGAUAGGUGGCAACCGCGAAAAGAGGCGAGAUUCGCGAAUGGCUCAGCGCAGGUUCCGGCAACUAGGCACGGGAGGCAGAAGAGCUUAUCUGAGGCUAUAAGGACGAUACGGACACGGAAGGGCAGUGUCAGCCAGAAUGCGCACGAGAUUGCGGACGCGCUGAAGGCGCCGCUCUCUCCGAAGCUCGUUAUGCUCUGCGGCGUUUGGUACAUGACCUCCAUCUUCACCAACAUGUCCUCGAAAGCCAUCCUCACCGCAUUACCGAGACCGAUUACCCUCACGACCGUACAGUUCGCCUUCGUCUCAGGCUGGUGUCUGCUGCUUGCGGCAUUGGCCAGGAAAUACCCUCGUUUGAAGCAGACCAUGCCGUUUUUGAAGUACGGAAUCCGAUCACCAUCGAAGGAGCUGAUCAUGACUACGCUACCCCUCACCUGCUUCCAGAUUGGAGGACAUAUCCUGAGUGCGGAUGCCACAUCGAGGAUACCAGUGUCAUUGGUUCAUACCAUCAAGGGCCUAUCACCGCUGCUAACCGUCACGGCGUAUAGUGUCUUCUUCAAGAUCCAAUAUUCACUCCCGACAUACCUCUCACUCAUACCUUUGACAUUGGGCGUAAUUCUGGCUUGCUCUGCGGACUUCAACGCAAACUUCAUAGGCCUCAUAUCUGCAUUCGCCAGCGCAAUCCUGUUUGUAGUGCAGAACAUUGUCUCCAAGCAGCUCUUUAACGAUGCAGCAGCCGCUGAGAAGGACGGUAUAGCGCCGACUCGCUUCACUAAGCCGGACAAGCUCAACCUGCUCUGCUACUCUUCUGGCCUGGCCUUCCUCUUUACGAUCCCGCUUUGGCUCUGGUCGGAAGGUUUCACUCUGAUAUUUGACUUUUUGCACGAUGCCUCUAUUGAGCUGUCCGAUCGACCCGGGCGGUACGAUCACGGGCGCUUGUUUCUCGAAUUCAUCUUCAACGGCACUUUUCACUUCGGCCAGAACAUCGUGGCUUUCGUCUUGUUGUCAAUGGUCUCCCCGGUUACCUAUUCGGUUGCAAGUCUAAUCAAGCGCGUCUUCGUUAUUGUUUUUGCGGUUGUUUGGUUUGGGAAGGCAAUAACCAAAAUCCAAGCGUUCGGUCUAGGUCUUACGUUCUUGGGUUUGUAUUUGUACGAUCGAAAUUCGGAUGCAUCAAAGGCAGACAAGCGCGCGAAGGCACUCCAAUCGAAGUCUCAUGGCUCGUUGCUGCCUCUCGCGACAGACAUCAAAUCGCGGCCCAUUUUCACAAACAGCCCGGCUACCAUGUCCAGUGGCACUGGAGCGUACCCCUUGGCAGGCAUCGCGGAGUCUAGAGAUGAGAAGAGAGACGAUGAUGCAGGGUAUAGAAGGACGCCUGAACACGGCCCAAGCUACCUGCCGCCUGGUACGAAGCAGGAAGAGACUUGGCGAACCAACGAUGUCAACGGUAGAAGAGGUAUUGGCGUUUCUUGA